GCUUGUGGCCGCCUGCGGGCAAACGGUUAGCGGAUGCAGGGGAUGGCUGAGAGCGUCGGCUUGAUAAGGAUCUUCUCAUCUACACUUGGAUAUAAUAAUGUAGACUACCAGCAUUCUGGGAACUGAAUCUUCCUACUUCUAGUGCCCCACCUUCAGCUGUGCCGAGUAUACCCCAAUCCAGAAAUACUCUAUAAUAACCUCUUCAGAGAAAAAAGAAAACAAAACUUCUGAUCUUCCCAGGUGAAGCUUUAUCUUAACUGCUGCUUACAGAGGUAUGGCUAAGCCCUGAGCCAUCUGGAGGUUCUGAAAGAGUCACACUGUGGAGAGAUGUUCAGACUAUGGUAGAUAAUGAAUUCUGAGUUAAUGCAUAGUGUAGUAGGAAGCUAUCUUAAACCUCCAGAAAGGAUGGUUGUUCCAUCAUUCACCCAGAAUGAAUCAUCUCAGAAUCACAAGCCUAUGGACUUAGAAGUUACUUCUUCUAAAGUGUUUCAUAGCCCAAAUAGCCAAGCUCUUAUUUUAGCCUUGAAAACUCUUCAGGAAAAAAUUUAUCGUUUAGAACUAGAGAGAACACAAGCUGAAGAUAACCUGAACAUUCUUUCCAGAGAAGCAGCGCAGUAUAAAAAGGCCUUGGAAAAUGAAACAAAUGAGAGAAAUCUGGCACAUCAGGAACUGAUAAAGCAGAAAAAAGAAAUAAGUAUACAGUUAAGCUCAGCCCAGUCUCGUUGUACCCUUCUGGAAAAACAACUAGAAUAUACAAAGAGAAUGGUUCUCAAUGUAGAGCGAGAAAAGAAUAUGAUCCUAGAACAACAGGCCCAGCUUCAAAGAGAAAAAGAACAAGAUCAGAUGAGGCUACAUGCAAAGCUUGAAAAGCUUGAUGUCUUAGAAAAAGAGUGUUUCAGACUUACAACAACUCAGAAAACUGCUGAGGACAAGAUUAAACAUUUAGAGGAAAAACUUAAAGAAGAAGAACAUCAGCGUAAGCUAUUUCAAGACAAAGCUUCUGAGCUUCAAACUGGACUUGAAAUCAAUAGAAUUUUAAUGUCUUCGGUUUCAAAUCCCAAGUACUCCAAGGAAAAGAAGAAAUCUUCAAAGAAAACUAAAUGUUUAAAGAGAGGACCACCUCAGCAAAUUUAUUCAAAGUUUGGAGCACUACCUUUUGUGUCUGAAAAGUCUUCCAGUGCAAGCUGCUCUGUGAAUGCGAGUGUGCAAAACCUUCUGCAGAUGAUGCAGCAUUGUGGCCCACACAUCCUUCAGAAACCUUCUGAAGUGACUGAACCUAGAUGUCUUUACAAGCCUAUUAGAAAAACUUCCCUGUGUAAAGCUGUACCUUCUGACUCAGAAAAGUCUGUUUCCAUUUGUGACAAUUUGUCUGAACUUUUAAUGGCAAUGCAGGAUGAGCUGGACCAAAUGAGCGUGGAGCAUCAAGAACUACUGAAACAAAUGAAGGAAACCGAAAGCUAUUCAGUCUGUGAUGACAUAGAAUGUGAACUUGAGCGUUUAGUCAAGAAAAUGGAAAUUAAAGGAGAACAAAUUUCCAAACUGAAGAAGCAUCAAGCUAGUGUUCGUAAACUGCAGCAAAAAGUUCAGAACUCAAAGAUGAGUGAAGCUUCAGGUAUUCAACGAGAAGACAUCUACCCCAAAGGAUCAAAGAACAUAAAAAAUAGCCCUAGAAAAUGUUUGAGUGAAACUAACCCUUUUCAGAAAAACAACAAUUUUCAUCCAGUACGAGUUCAUAAUCUUCAAAUGAAAUUGAGGAGAGAUGAUAUCAUGUGGGAACAAUAACGCAAAAGCAGAACUGUGUCACCUUAAAUGAACUUUGUCAAUGAGAUCUUGAAUUGUCUGAAGUGGUUUUAAUUUAAUACACUUUUGUGAAAUUUUGAAUUAUGUUUCUAGCCUCUAUAAAACAUGAAGUUGUAGUAUUUUUAAAUUAAUACCUAAUGACCUAAGAGUCCCAAAUAAUAAAUGAUUGCUUUUU